AUGGGCGAACCACUUGCCAACCGUAAGAAGUUCAACACUGAGCUGACGGACUACUCUUCCCAACAUGCUGAGAAAACCGGGCCGUACGCCGAGAACCUGGAAGUUGAUGCCCUCAUCGUCGGUGCCGGGUUCGCUGGCAUUUUCAUGCUCAAGACUCUCCGGGAUCGGGGCUAUAAGUCUGUGAUCUUCGAAGCUGGUAACGACACCGGCGGCACAUGGCGAUGGAACUGCUACCCUGGCGCCGGCGUUGACUCAGAGGUGCCAGAGUACGAGUUUUCGUGGCCUGAGGUCUGGAAGGACUGGAACUGGUCGAGCAACUACCCUAGGUACGACGAACUUCGAGCCUAUUUUGACCAUGUCGACAAGGUCCUCGGCAUCAAGAAAGACUGCGCCUUCAACACGGUUGUUGUGGGUGCACACUUUGACACUGCCACCGGUCGUUGGAACGUUCGCACGGCGGAUGGCCGAGUGACCAAAGCCCGCUUCCUCGUCCUCGGCACCGGCUUUGCCGCCCGACGCUACAUUCCCGACUGGCCUGGCAUGGACAAGUUCAAGGGCGUGGUCCACCACUCCUCGUUCUGGCCCGACGAAGAGGUCAACGUCAAGAAUAAGCGCUGUGCUGUCAUUGGCACCGGCGCCUCGGGCGUUCAAAUUGUCCAGAAUUGGGGUCCCAAGGCCGGCCAGGUUACUGUCUUCCAGCGUACUCCGAACCUUGCUGUGCCCAUGCGGCGCCGCCAGCUCACAGUCGCCGAGCAAGAGCGCGCCAAGGUCGUGUACCCGGAGCUGUUUAAGCUACGCGAGACGAGCUUUGCCGGGUUUCACUACGACUGGAUCGAGAAGAACACCUUUGACGACACGCCCGAGCAGCGCGAGGCCACGUACGAGCGAGUCUGGGCAGAGGGCGGCUUCCGGUACUGGGUGGCGCUCUACAAGGAUAACCUGUUCAACCCUGAGGCCAACGAGGCCUCGUAUGCAUUCUGGGCGGAGAAGACGAGGGCGCGCAUCGGGGACCCUCGCCUGAGAGAUUUGCUUGCGCCCUUGGUCAUGCCGCACUACUUCGGUGUCAAGAGACCUUGCCUCGAGGAUGACUACUUUGAGCAGUUCAACCGCCCUUCAGUCGAUCUAGUCGAUAUCAGCAAGAACGGCAUCAAGGAGUUUACCGAGACAGGGAUCACUCUCGAGGACGGGACACAUCAAGAGUUCGACGUCAUCGCCAUCGCCACCGGCUUUCUCGGCCUCGAGAGCAUCGAUGGCAACAAGCUCCAAGAAGAAUGGGUCUCCGGUGCCAAGACAUACCUCGGCACCACCGUCAGCGGCUAUCCCAACAUGUUCCAUAUCUACGGCGUCCAUGGUCCAACCCUCCUGAGCAACGGCCCGUCGACAGUCGAGGUUCAAGGCCGCUGGAUCGCUGACAUGAUUGACAAGCUGCAGCACAAUGAUAUCCGGUACAUCAAUCCCAAGCCCGAGGCCGCUGACAAGUGGAAGGAGCACAUCCUUGAGCUGAAUAACGAGUCGUUGUUCCCAACGACGCGAUCCACCUACAUGGGCGGAAGCAUACCCGGAAAGAAGGUUGAACCUGUGUGCUACACGGGUGGUAUUCCUGCGUAUAAGAUUGAGAUACGCAAAGCGCUAAACAGUAUGGAGGGCUUUGAGAUCGUCAAAGGGUGA